CGCCCCUGCCUGGGCCGGGCCCGGCUCCGGGGCGGGCGCUCGGGGCUGCCCCGCGCCGUGACGCUGCGCCGCCGCCAGAAGGGCCGGGCCGCCGGCGGGACGGGAGCGGGCGGCGCCGCCGCGGUUGUGCUGCUGUCCCGGCCGCCCCACGCCCGCUGCCGCAGCUCCGUCCCCAUGGUCUGUCGGGCUGAGCGGGGGCCGGCGGGGCAGAGCGGGGCCGCAGGGCACUGACACGGGGCGGACGCCGGAUCUGCCGCUGCCUGGACCCUUGUGCUCCUGGUAGAGGAACCCCGAUACUCUGAUGGAUCUGAGGCCCUGCUCGCUGCUCCUGCUCUGGACUCUGCUGGUUGCCCUUGUUCUCCUGGCCCAAGAGGUGUUGGCCCAGCGUAUUUACACCAACACCUGGGCCGUGCUCGUCCCUGCGGGGCCCCAGGAGGCUGACAGGCUGGCCAGGAAGCAUGGAUUCCUCAACCUGGGCCCGAUUUUUGGCGACUACUACCACUUUCGGCACAGCGGCGUGGUGAAGCGCUCCCUCUCUCCCCACCAGCCCUGGCACAGCCGUUUGGCGCGGGAGCCGCAGGUGCACUGGCUGGAGCAGCAGGUGGCAAAGCGCAGGACCAAGCGAGACGUUUUCAUGGAGCCCACUGACCCCAAGUUCCCCCAGCAGUGGUACCUGUACAACACCAACCAGCGCGACCUGAAUGUGCGUCAGGCCUGGGAGCAGGGCUACACGGGCAAGGGCAUUGUGGUUUCCAUCCUGGAUGAUGGCAUCGAGAAGAACCACCCUGACUUAGAGGCCAACUAUGAUCCAGGGGCAAGCUUUGAUGUCAAUGACCAGGACCCAGACCCGCAGCCCCGUUACACUCAGAUGAAUGACAACAGGCACGGCACGCGCUGCGCCGGGGAAGUCGCUGCCGUGGCCAACAAUGGGAUCUGCGGUGUCGGCGUGGCUUACAACGCGCGGAUCGGAGGCGUGCGCAUGCUGGAUGGGGAGGUGACUGAUGCAGUGGAGGCCCAUUCCCUGGGCCUCAAUCCCAACCACAUCCACAUCUACAGUGCCAGCUGGGGCCCAGAGGACGACGGCAAGACCGUGGAUGGCCCAGCCCGGCUGGCGGAGGAGGCUUUCUUCCGAGGAGUCAGCCAGGGCCGAGGGGGGCUGGGCUCCAUCUUCGUCUGGGCGUCCGGGAACGGGGGCCGUGAGCACGACAGCUGCAACUGUGACGGUUACACCAACAGCAUCUACACGCUGUCCAUCAGCAGCACCACGCAGUACGGUAACGUGCCCUGGUACAGCGAGGCCUGCUCCUCCACCCUCGCCACCACCUACAGCAGUGGCAACCAGAACGAGAAGCAGAUUGUGACGACUGACCUGAGGCAGAAGUGCACCGAGUCGCACACAGGGACGUCAGCCUCGGCACCCCUCGCUGCCGGCAUCAUCGCCCUUGCCCUGGAAGCAAACAAGAACCUGACGUGGCGGGACAUGCAGCACCUGGUGGUGCAGACCUCAAAGCCAGCCCACCUCAACGCCAACGACUGGGUCACCAAUGGGGUCGGCCGCAAAGUCAGCCACUCCUACGGCUACGGGCUGCUGGAUGCCGGGGCCAUGGUGAGCCUGGCCAGGAACUGGACCACGGUGGGACCGCAGAGGAAAUGUGUCAUCGACGUCCUCACGGAGCCCAAGGACAUCGGGAAGCGCCUGGAGGUACGGCGGAAAGUAGAUGCCUGCCUGGGGAAGGCCAACUAUAUCAGCCGGCUGGAGCACGCGCAGGCCAGGCUGACGCUGUCCUAUAACCGUCGGGGGGACCUCGCCAUCCACCUCGUCAGUCCCAUGGGCACCCGCUCCACCCUGCUGGCCUCCAGGCCCCAUGACUACUCAGCUGAUGGCUUCAAUGACUGGGCCUUCAUGACGACGCACUCGUGGGAUGAGGACCCCUCCGGGGACUGGUUGCUGGAGAUCGAGAACACCAGUGACGCCAACAACUAUGGCACGCUGACCAAGUUCACGCUGGUGCUGUAUGGGACGGCCACCGACUCCCCCAGCCUCUCCAACCAGCUGGAGAGCAGCGGCUGCAAGACCCUGACCCCCAGUCAGACGUGCGUGGUCUGUGAGGAGGGGUACUACCUGCACCAGAAGAGCUGCCUGAAGCGCUGCCCCCCUGGCUUCGCACCCGGCGUCCAGAGCACGCACUACAGCCUGGAGAACAGUGUGGAGCCCAUCGCGCCCCACCUCUGCCUGCCCUGCCACCCCUCCUGCGCCACCUGCGCGGGGCCUGGCCCCAACCAGUGCCUGACCUGCCCCGCACACUCACACUUCAGCAGCCUAGACCUCUCCUGCUCCCACCAGACGCAGAGCAGCCGUGAGUCCCCUGCCCUGGCAGAGGGCGAGGGGCUGGCCGAGGCGCCCCCUGCAGCCAACUUGCCCAUCCUCAUCGCCAGCCUCAGCUGCGUCUUCAUCGUCAUCAUCUUUGUCACCGUCUUCCUGGUGCUGCAGGCGCGCUCGGGCUUCAGCCUGCGGGGCGUGAAGGUCUACGCCCUGGACAGCGGGAUCAUCUCCUACAAGGGGCUGCCCUCUGACAUCUGGCAGGAGGAGGGCCCCUCCGAGUCGGACGGUGAGGAGUACGAGGCCCACAACGAGAGGACUGCCUUCAUCAGAGACCAAAGUGCCCUUUGAUGAGCCCUCCUGCCCCUCCCUCCUCCCUGCCCAGCGCCACGGGGCAGGGGCAGGCGAGGCCGAGGGGCCCCGGACUCUGCCCCCGUCCCCCUCUGCGCCGUGGCGGCCUGGGGCUCCCCACCGCCAGCACCGUCCCUCAGCCCUGGCCUGGGCGGCAGGCACGGCCCUGCCGGCACCGUCCUCAGCUUGGCGCCGUCCCCGCCUUGCACCGUCUCUCACGGCCCCGUGUCCACCCCGCACCCCAGGCCCGUGGGUUGGGUGACAGCGGGACCCUGGCGCUUGCUGGCCCUGUGCUGGCAGCCACGUUCCUUGUCCCGGGCAGGCGGCUGCUGCUGGGGACCAUGCGUGUGUGCUGGGGGGGCAGUGCCCGGGCUCCCCCCCGUUGUUGCUGCAGUGGGGCCGGUGGCGCAGGGGCGGCUCUGUCCCUGCGGGCUGAGCCAAGCCUGGGGCAUGGCGCCCUCUGCGCUGCUGCCCUGAGCACACCCUGGGGCUCUGCCUGCCACCCCUGUCCCCUGUUGCUCCCUGGCUCCCCGCCACCUACCCAGGGCCUGUCUGCCUCCACCUGUGCCCGUCAACAGCAAUAAUGGCCAGGCCUCAGCCUCUGCUGCCCGCUUGCCCGCUGCCUGCCCGUCCCACCACAGCCACGGCCGCCUGCAGGGUGGAUGGAGCCCCCUGUGCCAGAAGGCACGGGCAGGGCAGCGCCUCCCCUUGUGCCCGAGGCUGGGCCCCCAGCGAGGGGAGGGACCCCCUGCCCUGGGGGGCAGCCCCAGCCCCCCUGUUUUGCCCCUGGGCAGGGCCCUGUGUGCUGCCGGCCGGCUCGGUCAGGCAGCGCUGGUGCCUGCCUGUGCCCUGGCUCUGCCUGCGCGCUGCCUGUACCGGGCAGAGCCCGGCAGCCCCGGCCCCCCUGCUCCUGCCCCCCGACGUGCCUUGCCCCCACUUGGUGACAAUCCGUUCUGCUCCCUGCCAGAGCCCCCGGCACUGCCUGCCCUCAGCCCAUUCCCUGCGGGGUGGGGGCCGGUGCCGCCAGCCCCUUUGCCGCCCGCCGCCACUGCCGCGCACCGGGGCUGCGGCACGGGCUCCUGCCUGCCCCGUGCUCGCGCCAGUCCCAGCUCCUCACAGAUGGAGCUGCCGGUAGGGGGGCCACAGGACUAUUUUUCUAUAAUAACUUUUUGGUGCACAGUAAUUUUUUCUUGUAAUUUAAUCAGCCAGGAGCUGCCUCCUGAGCCUGUUUUUAAUUUAAUGGAUGUGGAUAUAACGCUAGAGAGACUGAGUUAUUAAAUGUUCAGAACUAUGCAAACCA